GAAAUAAAGUUGGCAAAAGAUUAAACAAACUUUGUGUUUUAGCGAGCAACUUUAACACGAAAACCACAUGAACUUACUAAAAAAAUUCUUAUUGGUCUGUGAUAAGUGAAGGUAAAGCUAAAUUAAAUUAAAAAAGUUUUUAAAAGCAAAACGGAAAAUAAAUGCGAGCACAAACCACAAAGAGAAACUUUUGAAAUUAGUAAAAUUGUAGAAAUCAUUUAACGCAUCAGAUGAUUUACAUAUAACAUUAAGGAAAACCAAAAAAAUAAAACAUAAAAAAAAAAACAGAACAAACAAGCAAACAAACUGCAAAAACAGCAAUUAAAAGUGCGGUUUCACACAAACAAAAAAUACAACAAAUAUAAAUACAAAUAAAAAAGAGGCUCCGAAAUAUAUUUAGCAAAAUUAUAACACGAUUUGAUGAUACACAUCAACUAAGAGGCGGCACUUCAUUAAACAUCAAAGCGAAUUGCGUCUAACCGCAAAACGUGCAACAGCAACACCACAGCAGCAACAGCAACAGCAACAGCAGCACAUUAAAGUGCCAUUGAAAAAAUGUUGGCAAUGCCCACGCUAAUGAUGCCUGCAACAGCACAGAUGACUCUCAGCAGUCAGCCGUUGUCGGUGGGCGCCAAGCCCUAUGAGACUAAGCUGCUGGCCAUACACCAGACACACCUGCAGCAGCAGCAGCAACAGGCGCCAGCUCAGCAGCAGCAGCAGCAGCAGGCACAGCAUCAGGUUAAUGUCAAGCAGCAACAGCAGUCAUCUCAGCAAAUGUCCAUUGUUACCACUCAGCAGCAGCAUCAUCCACAGUCCCAGUCGCCGCAUCAGCAGCAGUCGCAGCAGCAAGCGGUCGCUGCAGCCGCUGCAGCUGCAGCAGCAGCAGCUCAUCAUCAGCAGCAGCAACAAGCUGCUGUCGCCGCGGCCGUUUGUGCCGCUCAGCAGCAGGCGGUGGCCGUUCAACAACAACAGCAGCAACAACAGCAGCAGCAGCAGCAAUACCAAAUCCACUCGCAACAGCAGUCGCCGCAGCAGGUGCUCAGCGUUUCGCCCAAGCAGGAACAAUUCCACAUCUUUGUGGGCGACUUAAGUUCAGAAAUUGAAACUCAGCAGUUGCGCGAAGCAUUCACACCUUUCGGCGAAAUCUCUGAUUGCCGUGUGGUGCGCGAUCCACAAACAUUGAAAUCGAAGGGCUACGGUUUUGUGUCGUUCAUUAAGAAAUCGGAAGCUGAGAGUGCCAUUACGGCCAUGAACGGGCAGUGGCUUGGCUCGCGCUCAAUUCGCACGAAUUGGGCCACACGGAAACCGCCGGCGAGUAAAGAGAACAUCAAGCCGUUGACUUUCGAUGAGGUCUACAACCAGAGCAGUCCCUCCAAUUGCACCGUUUAUGUGGGUGGCGUUAACAGCGCCCUCACCGCACUCAGCGAGGAGGUGCUACAGAAAACAUUUGCGCCCUACGGCGCGAUACAGGAAAUACGCGUCUUCAAGGACAAGGGCUACGCAUUUGUGCGCUUUUCCACCAAGGAGGCCGCCACUCAUGCCAUCGUCGGUGUGCACAACACCGAAAUCAAUGCACAGCCUGUUAAGUGCUCCUGGGGCAAGGAGAGCGGCGACCCAAACAAUUCCCAGUCUAUGGCCAGUCAGGCUUUGAACAGCGCCGCUGCCGCUGGCUUUCCGUAUGGCGUGAGCGCUGCUGCUGCCGCCGCUGCCGCUUAUGGGCAGCAGUUGGCCGCCACUGGGUGCUGGUAUUCGCCGACGCCUACCUAUCCGACCUCGUCGGCCACCGCAGCCGCUGUAACACCUGCUGCAGCGGCCGCCAGCGCUGCGGCUGUACAGAAUCAGUUCCUGCAGGGCAUCCAAGGCUACCAUUUCAGCCAGUACGGAGGCUAUCAGCAGGGCUACAUGGGAAUGGGCGUGCAGAUACCAGCCACUUGGCAAGGCGUCACCCAGGCCCAGAUCUCGCCGGCCCAACAGUUGGCAACGGGUGUUGCAGGCACUGCUAUACCACAGGCCGCCGGCGUGGUUGCUUAUCCGAUACAGCAGUUUCAAGUGAGCCCACAGGUUUAUCCUUUACUUUUGCAGGCACAGUAAACAACAGAAAAAAAAAAGAAAAAAAAAUACUAUCCAAAUUUUUUAAGUACAGCAGAAGUUCUGAACAGAAACAUAGCCAAAAAUCAGCUGUAAAUAAAUGCGAAGCGCCGAGAAAUUUACAAUUGACGUCAAUUUGGCGUCCGUCGAAUGUUGAGUGCUGCACCCAAAUAUCAAAAGCCAAAAGCCAAAAACCGAAAACCAAAGUAGAACCACAACAAAAUAUGCUAAAGCACACACAUCCAUUUGCAAUUGUUUAUGAAGUAUUUGGUUCAUAAACACUUGCACGCGGCCCUUGUAUAAGCCUUAAACAGAAAAAUAAAAUAUUAAAAGAAACAAAAAAAAAAAAUAAUUCCCAAAUGAAAAUUAUGCUUUAUAUAAAUGUGUUUAGCAUGCUACGAAUAGAGAGAUUUAUAACUAAUUGAAGAAAAAAUUAUGAUAAUUACAAAAGAAAUAUAUUGCUUAAAUAAGUAAAAAGCAAUUUGAUUAAAAAAGCAAAAAAAAGGAGAAGCCAUAAAUAAAGUAUGCUGUUUUCCAUGUGUAUUGUGCAAAGCAGCCUCACUCAUACAAAUUGCGAUCACAGACACAUAUACACACAAACAGUCACAUGCGCCAGCGCGGAAUUAAAUAAAAGUAAACAUAAUUAAAAAUGCGUUAAAAUUAAUUACGUGCACACACAACGUACACCCACAUUUAUUUACACAAAUUUGUAUGUCUGUAUGUGUUGUGACAUGCGUGCAGACAAGCCAGACGCAGACAUACCCAGGAGCCCCUUGGCACAGCCCCGACCCACACCCACACACAGCUACGUACAUACACACACAUAUUCAUACUUGUAUGCGUAACCGCAUUAUUUAACAUUGCCUACUUUUGUGCUCAGCUUCUGAUAGUCGCUUAGCAGCAUUUACCACACACUCAAAUGCAUACACUAUUUAAUAUCACAAUGAUAAUACACAUAGCACUAGUGCCUGUUACUAUCGUAGAUCUAGACGAGAACGUCGCCACAUUGUCAUGUGAGCGCACACACAUAUAUAGACAAUUGCCAGGCCUAGCCAAGACAAGCCAGACAAUUGGUGAACUCGACAUUUCCUGCUAUCAUUUUCCUAUAGUCUGCAACUAAAUGUUACAAAGAAUUGUUAGACCAUUGCAACAUGCUAACGCACUAAAGCUCAUAUAACUAAAUAGUACUUUAUUUUGUGAUUGCUCAGUAAUUGAAAGAUAUGUUCCUACAUACAGAUACAUACACACAGACGCACACACACACACACACUCAUUCGCAGACAGUCCCAGAACACAUAAAUAUAACCACAAGCACUCGCAGUUAAUAGUAUAUGAAAGAACUUAUGAUAUACUCGUAAAUAUUUAUUAUAUGUUGAUAAGCGCAACAAAGUCCAAUGCAAUCCAGCCACAAGCUAAACUCAAACAUAAACUUGAUCUUGGAAUUCGAAGCCAAACCUCGUUAAAUAUGGCGUCAAGCUUACGUUUUAUCUGUCACACCAGCUUUGUAAUUAAUAGCAGCAAGAUAAACACUUGAUUUUUCUUUUUAUUUUCACUCAGUUUGCAAUAAUUUCAUUUGGUUUAUAAUUUUAUAAGUUCACGUGAAAUUGAAAAAUUCUUUGAAAAGACAUGUACAAAGCAACAUUACAAAACUUCCACAUAAAUAUUUUGACUUGCUUUUGCAUUUAAAUAUCAUCUGUUUAUACUAAAUAAACGUAUAAAAUGUAUGUUUUUAUUUCAGUUGCCAGAAGAUGAAUGGUUAGCUGCAAAUUUAUUGUGUUAGAACAAACAAAAACCAGAUACAAAUUAUGUAAAGAUAUAUAGAUACAGAUGAAACCCAUGUGUUCCACAAGUCUAUAGCACUUGUAAUUUGCUAUAUUUCAUAUACUCUACCCACAAACAUACUCUUAUUUGUAUUUUGUAAAGCUCAGUUUAAGUCGAACUCAAGUUGAUUCUCAUUUAUUUAUUUGCCGGCCUUAGACUGGAAAUGAUUUCCUUCAUAUCGAGUUCACAAAGUUGAUAGCCAUAAAAUGUGGUAGGGAAUAGCAAAUUGCGAGUGUAAAUGGUCUGUGAAAUGUAUGGGAGAGGGAUUAGCUAACACUAGAGGAAACGCCACACAAGUACAUGCAUACCUACAUAGUCGUACAUAUAAUGAAUACAAUCAAAAUAUGCCAUCGAAUGAUAUUAAUUGAUAUUAGCCAUAAUAAAUGCAAAACUGUAAUAAAAUACCUUUACAUAGAAAUUAAAUGAGCGCAUAACCAAUUCGCUUCAGCAAAACAAACCAAAAAUACAAUAAUGCAAAUUCCGAAGAUCCUGUUUAAUUUUAUGCAUGUCCGACAAUGCCCAACAAUUACAACAGAAAUAACAAAACAGCAAUUAGCGCAAACUAUACAAAACAUCCAAACAGAUACGAAGUGAACUAGUUAGUGAGCAUAGGAACACGCAAACACACACGCACACACACACACACAUUACUUAAUAGUUGAGAUGCCCCCUGUAUAUGGCAUGUAGAACUUUUCGUAUAAGAUCUAGCUGAGUCAUCAGUGGGUAAAAAGAGGGUACACUUACAGUCGAACCUGGUGCAGCAUCACCACGCCUCCCAUACUGGCCACCCUUCAUCUGAGUGUACGUUUGUAUGAAAGGCAUAUAGAAAUCGUAGUUCACUGAAUGUCAAACAAGAGUUAGUUUUAACACAUACAUACAAAGAUACACACAUGCAUACAGCUAGAGAUAUUACAGUUUAUGUAGAAAGUAUUAAGAGAGAAAGAAAAUUUGCUUGUAUUGUGUACAUCAAUACAUACUCAUAUUUAAAGGUAUACAUACAUACACAUCUAGCAUAGUAAUUUAGUAUACUUAUACAUAUACAUAUAUACAUACAGACAAGUACAGUAAACUAGGUACGAGAACGCACCGCAAAUGAUAUUCUCGUGUGGGUCCUUCACAUACUUAUAUCUAUGCAUAAAUGUGCGAGUAUGUCUUGGAUGAUAAUUUAUCAAAUAAAUGUUCAAAAUAAAAACCAAUUAAAAUGAUAACAAAAAAAAAAAACAACAUACAUAUAACAUGUAAUAGAUCAACUAAAAAUAAUUGCAGUUGAAUUUUGCUGUUAAAAGGGGCAGCUGGGGGAAAGCCAGGUUUUGAUUUGCAUAUGGCGAGCUUUAUCUUUAUCGUUUCGGCGUAUCUUUAUUUUUUUAAUCCGAUUGAUGUGAGUGUGUGCGCAUUGUUUACAAUAUUUUGUGAACACACACUCGCAAAAAUUGGCUGCAUUUUUUCAUACAGCCGGGAAGUGCAAUGACAGUUAGCGGAGAGGAGGGAGAGGCAAGUAGUAGUACUAGAGUUCAAAAUACAUAAUUGAAUGUUGUGUAUGCAUGUCUAUAGCUAACCGAGCUCACAUACGCAGGAUCGCAAAGUAUAACCUUAACCUUAACCGUAACAGUAACCGUAACCGUACCCGUAACCGUAACCGUAACCGUAAUCGUAACCUUAACCGUAACCUAAUCGAACCACAAAACAGACAUAGCUUAAGAAACAAGCGAGUUGUAAUGUACACUAAGAUGUUUUUAGCACUAGAACUAACGAGUAGUUGGACUAUGAGAGGCAUUGCAUGUUUCAACAUGACAAGAAACGAUUUAGACGUAGAUGUGAUUUUAAACCGGAGCAAGGCAGAGCUUUCGAUUCUGAGCGAUUGAAGCCGAUGCGUUAACUGCAUUUUUGUGUUGUUAUUUUGUUUAUGAAAAAAAGCGACAAAAUAAGAAAAAUGAAAAUGAUGAUUUUUGUUAAGUAAACGAUAACUUAGACAGAUACAAAUUUAAAGCAUUGUUGACCAAACCAAUAAAAAAAAGUUUAAAAAAUUUGGCUAAGAAAAAACACAACACAACAUUUAUGAAAAGCAAACUUUAUAUUACAAAAACAAAAAACAAAAAAAAAAAAAACAAAAAAAAUCUUUAAAAGUAUACAAAAAAAAAUUAUAUACAUAUAUUAUUGGUUUGUUUGUUAAUGUUUGCACAACAUAUCAGUAAAGAGUUAAAUAUGUAGUUUCCAUAUAGAAGCUAACCCAGAGUUGGAAACUGAAUAAUAUAAUAAUAAAACAGAAACUUAAGGCGUUAAGAUAUAGAAAAGUAAUAAAGAUUCAAUAGAUAAAAAAAAGAAAGGAAAAAAGCGAAAAAAAAGUAUUAAUGUUGUGCAACUAAUGAAUGUGCUAAGACAUUUAUAUACGUCUACAAACAUAUACAUAUACAAAAUAUUUAUAUAUAUACAGUAUCAACAACAACAACAACAAGCGCAACCAUAAAGCAAAACAAGUAAAAUGAACAAAAUAUUUAUGGGCGUUUUUAAGGACAACUACAUAAUGACAAACCAACAGACAAGGAAAGAUGUUUUCUAUAGAUUAAUAAGUAUGUCAAAUUGGACGCGGUAACUGAUUACUCUCCAGUUCUAACUGGGGCUCCAGUCGAAACUAAGUUUCUUACACCCUGUUAUGAUUUAACAUGCGUUUUCCUUUUCUCGCAGUCAGGAUAUUAAAGUUCAUAGCUCAAUUGAUCUGUUGGAUUUCUCUAUAAUAUAUUUGAAACUCAUUUAAUAUUAAAAAUGAAAUUAAAGUAAUUGUCGUUUUGGAGAGAACGAAACAAAAAUGAACUAAUUGUAGUUUAUGAUUAUGAACUGCAAUUUCAAUUUAGUCAAUUCGGUGUGUAAUUAUUGAAAAGCUGAAACUGGAGCAUUAGCAAAAUUGUACGACACACAUAAGCAUAACGAGAAGGAAGAUAGGGCCAGAGUUCAGUCUGUAAUUAAGGAACAUAGCAUAAAUUAAAUUAAAUGAAAAUAAAAAAAAAUCAAAUCAAAUUACAACAAAGCAAAAACCGAAAAUCAAUCAAAUGAAAGUAUUAUUUAAGCAACAAUACAAUAAGAGUAUAAACAAUUACAUAACUUAACAUAUUAACAUAGGGCAGUACUCAAACCCAUAAAACCGGAGGAAUGCGGUUUGUUAGCUAACACGAUGCAAAUAAACGUGACAUAAAUUACAUCUAACAUAGACAGUUAUGUAAAUGGGUUUUUGCUUAAUAACAACGCGAACUUGCAACAAUUAACAGAGCCAUAGGGCGACCACUCGAAAAACCCCUUCAACCGACGGCCGAAUGUUAUUUGUCGCCUCGUAUACUUAGAAAUACAAACAUAUGAUAUAAACCAACUCAAAUAUUAAACGUUAAACUAGCAAACUUAUUAUAAUAGAAAUGUAAGUACAGCUAGAAGAGCCCCCUCUUAUAAUAUCAAAUGCCAACGAGAUUACAUUUGAGGCAGUUGCGCAAGUCACUGGAAGGAAGCGAUCCACAAUAUACAUAUGUGCAAUAUUCCAGAGGGCAUAUGCAUGCAUUUUAUGCAUUUAAAAUCACAGUAAGAUUGUAAACCAAAUACACAACAAAUGUAGAAGAAAUCAAAAUGAUGAGCAAAUAACCAAAAGCUGCUAAUAAAAGAAAUACAAAAUACCAAA